UUAAAAGGGAAAGUAUACCAGCCUCCACCUUACCGUUUCUUUUCUUCAUUACUCUCAAUUUGGAAAGCAACAAAGAUGAAGGUGAAGAAGGGAUGGCUAGCAGUUCAAGUAGGUUCAGAGGAAGAACACUCUCAAGUAGAUGGUGUCACUGUCAGUGAUUCUCAAAGAUUUCUCAUCCCUAUUUCAUAUCUUUAUCAUCCUCUUUUCAACCAUCUUCUUGAUAAAGCUUACGAGAUUUAUGGCUACAAUACUGAUGGUCCUCUCAAGCUUCCUUGUUCUGUUGAUGACUUUCUUCACCUCCGUUGGCGAAUUGAAAAAGAAUCCACACCCUAUCAUCACCAUCACCAACAUCAUCAUCACCAUUUGAUUCCUCAUGCUUUGUAUUUCAAUUCUUGUUGAUGAUAUAUAGUACUCACUUUUCUGUCAAAUAAUUGUUGUAGUGCUGCUGUGACUUUUUAUUUUAUUUCUCUUGCUCUUUAAUUUUGAUUUAGGUGUUAAUUGAAAUACAAGAGAAACACUACCAUGAUUACAAACCAAUCAGAAGAAUUAAUUUGUCUA